AUGUCACUCAGCCCCGUAGCAGCAGAAAGGGAGCUAAAAAAGAAAGGAAAAGGGGCACUGGAUUAUAGCAUUGAUGAAUCAUCCAACAACAUAGCAGGUAUAAAUCCACAGGAUAAACGCAAGAGUUUGAGUAAAAAGGAUAAUCAGUCAAUUCAGGUAAAUCGACCACUGAUUGUGAAGGAAUAUAAUGAACACAUGGGAGGAGUGGAUUUAGCAGACAUGCACAUAGAACUUCAUAGGAUAAAUGUCCAUUCCAAAAAGUGGUAUAUGCAAAUAGUUUAUUGGUGCUUCAAUGUUGCAGUUGUAAAUUCACGGUUGCCUUACAGACAUCAGUUGAAUCAGCGAGGCACAACACCUCAUCUUCCUCUUCUGGAUUUCCACAUUCAUAUUGCUUCUGGUCUUACUAUGGCAGGAAAUGUUGUUCAUCACAAAAGAGGAAGACCAUCUACAGAAGAUACACAAGCUCCAAAGAAGAGGUUGGUAGCCUCCAGGCCUAUUGCAAAUGUCAGAUAUGAUGAAGUUGGUCACUGGCCACAACAGAGCCACCAGGAAGGCCACUGCAAGCGAUGCCCUAAAGGAUUCAGCAGAGUGUCUUGCAUAAAAUGUAAAAAGUGUUCCUAUAUCUAA